AUGGGAUUAAACUCGGUCCGGUCUUUCUCUCUCAUAACCCGAAGUGCGGGUAGAAGUGGUUAUGAAGACGCUGAAGAUGAGCUUACGGAGGAGCUUUAUGAGGCUCUUUUCCUACCGAUGUCACGGAAUGGUAUUCUAGCAAGACUACAGGCUGAAGGGAAAACACCAUCAUAUAUGCCCGAGAUAUUGAAUAACAUGAGUCCUAAUCUCGUCUACUUGUCGAUGGACAUUGAUGGCACCAUCGAUGGCAACCUAACCGCUCAAGACUUCAAUCGUCUGCGUUUCCAGUCCCUCCGAAAGAUUCGUUUGAUGAUCAAACCGUCACUUCGAAACGCUGAAAUCGCAUAUUCACUCCUCAAGGCGGCGCCGGAGCUGGUAGAAGUCGAUUUAGACUUUUUAUCGUUUCGAGGAUCGCGAGCGCACUUCGAUGAUGAGUACGAGGAGCCACCCAGCGAUCUGGACCGUAAACGAGAUCCCGAGACAUAUUUUAUAGAGUGCUCAGCUUUUAGUGGGCUAUCCAAGUUGCAAAGGUUAAGUAUAUGCUAUGCAGACUGUGGAGAUCUUCUAUCCUCUGUAAGAUUUGAGAAUCUCAAAGAUAUCUCCUUGAAGUAUUGCCGCAACUGGGACGCUCUCGCAAAGUAUGCAACCAACAGCAAACUACACCUAAAGCAUCUACAUAUCUCAGCUGAACCAACUGAGAUUCAAGGGAUCAAGUCCUUCCUAGACGACGGGCUGGAACCAGGGUUAGAGACCCUCAUCGUAACGAUUGACACAAUCCCAGACGGCAACACGUUCUUUUCGAAUCUAAGGAAACACGAGAGUAGAAAUGAAUCUAUAUACUUUCUAAAGAAGGAAAGUAUAUUAAAACAUGGAUCGACACUCCGGAAUAUUGGAUUUAAUGUGGCGCUGGGCCGGGAAGAUGGCUACUGGGAGCCCAAGAGUCUCACAAGAUAUAUAACAGUAUUGCCAUAUCUGCCGAAUAUCCGCGCGAUGUUAGAACAUUCACCAAAUAUGAGAGAGUUAUCUCUUGUUGUACCGAUGCUUUGUGUGAGAGAUGACUUAUCUGAAAUCGAAAUCGAUUCGUUCAGGAACUUACGGCUAGAGACGAUUGAGGUGUUAUAUUUAAUUCCAACUUCCUGGCCAUUGUGUGUUCAUUACGAGGGCACAGAUGGUGGUUGUCCAGAAAGCGGUGUCCAAUGGGUUAUCAUUGAUUUUCUCGAAGCCGCGUUUCAGCAUUGUACCGAACGCCCAAGACUAAAGUACGUUGUAUCUGGUUUACAGACUCAUUUUCGCCCGCCGUAUGAAUAUAAGGUUGAAUGGGUCGAUGGAGUGAGCCAAGAGGAAAGAUUACUCCAAAAAAAGCCCGAAUAUUACGACGAAUACAGACAUCGCGAUCGGUAUGCUAAACCAAGUGAUAGCGCUGGAACCUGGAGACUGGAGACUCUCGAUUACAAAGACUAUCCUGAGGAAACUAAUGUGAAACUGUAUCACCGAGAAUGGCUGGAGGAAACACAAAGAAAGAGAUUAAGGAGAAAGAAGGCACAGGUCUACCCUGUAAAGUGGAACCCGCAUAUUUCCUAUGCGGAUGUAGCAAAGGAGAUUACCCUUGGUGGACCCAAGGCAUUUCCUUUCAAGUUAUAUUCUGCGCAAUUUAAAAAUGAUGAUGACAUGUAUGGGGAAAUGUCACUGUCGGGACUUGGGCUGCCCAUGUAUUAA